AUGAACUACUUUUAUCCUUAUUUUUACUUUCUGACGCUUCAACAGUGGUAAUAACCAUAAUUGAUAAAAAGUGUUUAGAAUAUUAUAAAAGUGGAGGAGGGCUUGGAGUAUGAGAUUAUAUAAUUUUUAGUUAAUAGCCAAUUGAAUCAAAAUCAACCAUGUAAUAAGUUGAAUAGAACUAAAUAAAGGAAAAAAAAAUAAAUAAAACAAGAAAGAAAAAUUCAAAGAAAACAUAUAAUAAUGGUAUUAUUAUCAAUAUAUAUUAUAGGCCACUGGACACACAAGGAACAUAAGUUAUAUAUGUAAUUUAUAGAAAAAAAUAAAGAAAUUAUGAUGAAAUCAGACAUGAAAAAGCAAGAGAAAAUUUUUAAAUAAAUGUCUCUUAUCAUAAAAUCCAGAUCUCCUUCAUAAUGUAGAUCACAUCAUCAAAAAUUCAAUCCUUUUUGA